AUGGGGAACAAUCAGUCGGAUCAGGCUGACUGGGAGGGCUCCAUGGCAGCAUACCGCCAGCAAAUUGAGAGCAUCAAUCAACGCCUCAACCUCCUCCCUGAACCCGAUGACGUUGAACUGUCCGAAGAGAUCUCCCGUGCCGAAGGAGUGUUUAGGUUCGACAAUCUCACCCAGCUGCUGGACGGUUUGGAAACACCAUCAUCACCAACAAUUGCUGCCACAGUCCAUCUCUUGACCAAUAUGCAUGCAAAAGCGCUGCAGAUGGAGAAGCAUUAUGAGGGGCUCGAACUACAGCUCGAGAAGAGGACCGAAAUAACGAGGAGAUUGUGUAGCAAAAUCAUAGAAUGGCUCCGACUGAUGCUCAAGACUGUCCAGACAAUGAACCAGAAAGACGCCCAACAUGACACCACUACGGACUUGCCUAUGCUCAAGGAACUUUUGGGCAGGAUGACAGAAGAACUCAACGCCAUCGAACCCCCAGAAAUGAUACCAGAGACCACAGACUUGUUGAGCGCAAGAUUGAAUGACAUUUGGAAGUCAUUAGAGGAGUCAACUAAGGAAUGCGCCAGACUGCAGAAGGAGGCAGCAGUGUGGAAAGAAAAGUAUGACGAUCUGGACAGCCGCACUCAGAAGGCUCUGAAAGACCAAUGCAGCAGAGCUCUGGAAGCUGCAGAGACCGUGGCACACCUAGGUCUCCUCGAACAGAAUCAGGUGUUGUUCUCUGGAUGCAUACGCCUCCUGUCUGAAUGUGCAGUGAAAGAAGAAGACGCCACCAGCAUGACGGAGUUCACAUCGCUUGUGUUAGAAACCAUGACCAGUAUGAUGGCGUAUUGUAAUGGUCUGGUAGACCGAAGCGACCGAUGCGAAGCAGACAAGCAAAAGGCAGAGACAGAGCUCGGACGAGUUCGAGCAAAUCUCGACAACAAACAACAAAAGAACGGAGAGUUGCGGAACGAGAUCGAAGAAGGCAAGGCCCAAGUACAGCAAGCAAAAGAAACCAUUCAGGAAAACAAAGAUCUGAGAAGAGAGAACAAAUCGCUUCGAAACUACAAACAAGAAACUCUUACUCUGAGAAAGAAGUUGCGGGACAGCAACGUCACAGCGCUGAAUGCACGAAUUCAGGAACUCGAGGGCCAGUUGACAGAAGCACGCGCUGAUCUGGGAAAGAACGACACUAUCCCGGAGCUGGCUCAGGAAGAUGCAGGCAUCGGAGCUUCCGACGUCCGCGAAGCUGUUUCCAAGAAGGUAGUCGAGCUGUUGAACCACCAGAAAGGAGAGCUGCUUAAGCUUCGAAAGCAGGUCCGUGAGAUGGACGUGGCACCAGGUGGGAAUGCUUGGAGCAUUGUUCUUCGUACCAGCAGCGUCGUGGAUGAAACGGUUGGCAGUAUGAUCAAAAACAUCAACAACUUUCUUACCUCCGGAAGCAAUAAAGGUACAGAGUUCGACAGAGCUCGGCUAUUAGAAGACGAGGGUUUCCCGGUGCUCGCUGCCCCUGCUACGGGUGAGAUGGGUCCUGGCAAAGGCGGGCAACAAGGUGCUGAAAAGAAAGGCAGAAACAAAGUCUAG